AUGAUGUUCACACAGUUUCUCAAGGCUCUUUCCCUCUUGUCUCUCCUCCUAGCACCUUUUACCAUCGGUCAGAAUACCUCGGAGUGUGAGUUUAACAAGAGAAGAACCCUGAGUAUUGGAAUCGUCAUGUUCGAUGGCUUUGAGCCCAUUGAGGUCUGGGGACAGCUUGAAUACCUAACAUCGUUGUCGGCGUUCUACAAAAUGACCCUUUCCAUCAUUUCAUACCAAAAGGGUACCGUCAAAAUAGCAGUUACGCAUACGUUUGCCGACGCACCAGCUCUCGAUGUCAUUCUGGUUCCCUGUGGCAUGGGCGUCAUCAACGCUACAUUGAGCAAUAGGACCGAGAUCGAGGAGUUUCUUGUUCGUCGUGUGGACCAGGCCGAAUAUAUCCUCGGGCUCUCGUUUGGAGUAACGCACCUGGCGCGGCCGGGCCUCCUCAACGCCAAACGCGCCACGACCAGCAAGAGCGGCUACCAGUGGAUCGUGAACUAUGGUCCAGGGGUCAAGUGGGUGCCACAGGCUCGGUGGGUUGUCGAUGGCAAGUUCUGGACCGCUUCAGGCAUGAUGGCCAGCUUAGACAUGACAUAUGCCUGGCUGUCACAUGUUUAUGGGGCUGAAGGGGCUGUCAAUCAGCAAACGAAUGGUAUCGAGUAUGCUCCACAUCUUGAUUCUUCGUGGGAUCCUUACGCUAUCGUUUUCAAUGUCCCUGGUGCGAAUGCGAGCAGACCAUGCCAAGAUUGUGUUGGACCCAUUGGGACAUGA